GCACAGCAGAAGUAAAUUUGUCUUCAAGAAAGGGUAAGAUAUCCAAUGGGUAUCUGUGGUGAGGUCAAAAACAUAAUCUCUGUGUUUUGUCCUGAUCAUAAAAUAAUCAGUCAUCACCAUCAUCAUUUCAUGGCUACAAUUUGCCUGGAGUUAGCCUUUUAAAUGUGUGUAUAUUUAGAAAAUCAGAAUGUAGUCAAUAUGCUAAGGAAUAUUUAUAUAGGACACUUUGUUUGCACGUUACAAUUAAAUUAGAGAAACCUAAUAGCCUAUUUUGAUAAAGCUAGGUAUUAGAGUAAGCAAAUGUAAGAACUCCCCUAUGUAUUGCAUUAUGGUCCCCCAACCAUCUGCAGCAUUUGGUGGGGAGGGGUAUCAGGCUGGAAGAGACAGAACUUCCAUGAGUGGAUGCCAGAAAUGCCCUUAAUAUGAGAGGAACUCUUCCCACAGAUCCAACUCCAUGUUUUGUUGUUAGAAGAUGGAACAAAGUUAAAAAUGAAAGCUGGGAUAUGUGCAGAUCAGAACUGAGCCUCUACUUCUAAUCUUUAACUUGAACAUUUCAUAAAUAGAAGAAUGUAGGUCUUGAUAAAUCCAGAAAACAUGUUCACUUUUGCAACAGAAUUUCUCUUUCUUUUCUUCUCCAGUAGCCCUCACACAAACUCCAAAAUCUGCCCGGGGGGGAGGGGGGCAACCACCUCAAGCAGAUUAGGGGGAGGCAUGUGGAGGACGUGGGGGGGGAGCUGCAGAGGGAACCUCAGUCCAUUCCACAAACAGUUUCUGUUUCAUUGGAGGGCCUUUUGAUUUCACCCAUAAUAUCACCAAGAUAUGUAAUGAUCAGAUACUUUCGUUUCAAGAAGUGGCAAUCAAUAUAAAAAUGAAAAGACUGCCUUUCUGUCAAUAUUUUGAAAGGCGCAUAGUUAUCACAUUAAUCAUGGAACAUGUCAGGGCGAGAUCAAAGUUUGAGAAACUUGGGCCACAAACAAUAUUAAACAAUCUAUUAAGGUAUCGAACAAGGAAAUAAUGGCAGGAUUUCCUGGCAACUUGCCCAUAUCAAACUAAAUGGGAGGAAGGCUUGGAGUUUUGCUGCAUUGCAAGAUGCAUGAGAAUUGAUUUGGUAUAAUAUAUCCUAUAAACUGAUAUACAUAAUCCUGAAGGAAUAUGUCUCUCAAAUAUGUUUCAGCAGCACUUAACACUAUGUAAUUUCAACAACAGAAACCUAAUUUCAACAAUGGAAAAACGCUGGAAAUGUGAAUUAUAAAACAGACCAACAGCUUUUAUGCAUAUAUGAUGGCAUUGCAACAAAUAUUUUUUUUAAAAAACACCAAACAUUCUGGGGGAAAGUUACAAAACAAAUCAGGGAAAUAUUGGGAUAUGAUUUGCCAAGGGAUCUGGUGGUCUUACAUUUGUAUUAUCUGGAGGGCCGAACUGAAACAUAUAAUGAAUAAUUUGUUUCAGAUCAAUGCACUGCAUAUAGCAGAUAAGUGGAAGGAUAAUGCUGAAACUGCUUUAAUGAAUGUCUUUUUAAAAAUGCAGAGAGCAGAAAUAGUAAAAUUAUGUUAGAAUAAGUUAUAGAUAACAACAGGAACAUAUAUUUAUUGAAAACUGGAUAGUGUUUAUUCAGUACAGUACUGGAAUGUAAAUAAGUAGCUGCCGUAUACCAAAUCAGCCUACAGCCUAUUCAUUCAUCUAACUAGUUUUGCCUACUACUCAGAAUCCCAGCAGGUAAAUGCAAUUGCUCAGUGAAUUUUUCCUCUUUCUCCCCAGUUAUAAUUAAUUCCAGGCUAGUUCUGUAUUCUUCAAAUUGCAACCUCCCUGGUAUCUAUAUUUGGAAGUACAUUAUCUACUGCAGUGUUUUUCAACCACUGUUCCGCGGCACACUAGUGUGCCGCGAGAUGUUACCUGGUGUGCCAUGGGAAAAAUUGAAAAAUUCGAAAGAUUUUUUUAAAAAAAUGUCAAAUUUUCGUCCACUAGGCGGGCGCCGGACUGUGUCUUGGGUAUGGGGUGGGGUGGGGUUUCUGACCCCACCCUCGGCCAGCAGGGGCACCGAUUGGCGCUCCUCAGGGGGACACCCUCCACUUUUCUGAUGUCCGGGCUGUGAUUGGUCCAGACUCCAGCCUGGACCUAUCACAGUAGGACAUCAUCUUCCGACUUCCUUCCCGCCCGAGCACAGUGUGCCCAGCAGCGGAGAGAAGAAGACGUCGCGACUCGAGUCAUCAGGAGGACCAGAGCAGGAGGAGACGGACGGAGACCAGGACUCGGCGGGAGUCGGCACUGCAGAGAGACCACAUCCGGAUCCAGGCCAGGCCGUAGGUGCAGCGUGA